CGACCUAUAUAACGGACGGUGCGGCGCGAGGUGAGCUCCGUAUAGUCUCGACGAGCAACACACACUUGCCUUGCUACUCGACCUACUUGAACGUGCCUGCAACCCUGUACCGCGUAUAGCGUCCCAUAUCAUCCCGCCUUCACACUAUCCAGCCACAACCCACGAUGUCGUCCACCCCCGAGCUCUCUGUGUUCUCCAACCUUCCUGCGGAACUGCUGCGAGACAUCUUCGAACACGCAGCUGCCGACCUAGCGACGGCGCGUACAUUGUCGCUCGUCUCGUCCGCGGUACGCCGCUGGACAGAACCCCUCCUCUAUCAAACGGUGGUUCUAUCGUCGUCGCGCAGCCUGCGUUCAUUCCUGACCGCGGUCUGCAACAAACCUGCGGACUUCGUACGCACCCACGUCAGGCACCUUGGCAUAUUCGCACUAGGACCGGUCCAGAGCAUCGACCGCGUCUUACGCGCGUGUCGCGGCGUGGACAGCCUCGCAUGCGGCUUCAACCUCCCUGGCUACAAGCAAGUCCAGGGCUGCGACGCGUUGCAAGCUCUUGGAGGCUCGCGCGAGCAGCACCUGCUCGGGCUCUCCUGCCGCGACGGGUGGGACACCACUGUCGUCGCGCCAUCCGUAACUCACCUGCGCAUCCACGUCACCUCCUUCAACAGCGGCGGCACGUCCUCGUUCGCGUUCGCCCCUGGGCCGGGGACCCCGCCCGAGUCUGGCUGGGAGCAGCUCGCCAAUCUAUCAUCGCUCACGCACCUCGCCAUCGUCUACCGCCACUCUCCAUGCACUCCCCCGAACGAAGUGUUCCCGACGCUGCAGCGCUUGCUGGCUCUCCACGAGACCGUGCCAGAAGAGGCGAAUCCUCCUCGCCUCGAGCUGAUCCUUGUUCAGGUGAUAGGCGGAUUGGUAGCUAGUCCCGCGGCGAACGCCGCCGUUGAAGCUAUCAACGCCGCUGCUACAGAGGCCGGUGGGCCCUCGCUGCGUAUCGUCGCCGAGGGCGCACCUACGUCCGUGGUCCGCCAAUGGGAGGCUGCAGUUCGGGGUGGCCCGGGUAUAUGGGAAGGCGCCGAAGAAGUUGUCAAGAAGAGAUUGGCCGCUGCUGCUGCUGACAAGUAGUCGCGGUUCGCAUGGUGUUCGACUGUUACCUGGUAUAUACCCUCUCAUCCGCUGGCCGUGGAUCGGAUCCAUGUUACCCACUGCAAACCCUGUUACCCAUUGUAGUUUAGUCGUAUCUCGAGACCAUCAUCAUAUCUGUAUAUUAGCUGUUAUGUGAAUGCUCCCAUUUUCCGCCACCUUGACACGCAGGAACCUGAUUUGAUGCCUCUGUGCCGCGUGCAGCAGAUGUGAUCCCUUCAGAAGU